AAAGAAAAUAAAGCAAAGUUGAUAUUCCACAUGUUACCAAACCCACGUUGUGCUGUCGGAAAUAGUCAACAGCAAUUGCUUCCCCGCCACAUUCCUUUAUUGAAGUAAAUGCUUCCAAUUUUCACAAUAUUCACUCAUUAUCUUUUGUCAGUCCUUCAUUCACGUAACUUAGCUGCACUUCCCAUUUUCUCAAUCCUUUCUUCUCCUCAAUUUUGCCACUUCCUUUCCAACCAUGCCUGUCCUUGAAACACUUGGUGGUGCUCUUUUUGGUGCUGUUCUUCAGAUGAUAUUUGACAAGCUGGAUUCUCAUCAAGUUUUGCACUACUUUCGAGGGAGAAAUCUCGACGAGAAGCUGCUGAAAAAGUUGAAGAGGAAUUUGAUGGACAUCAAUGCUGUGAUAGAUGAUGCAGAACAAAAGCAGUUCAGUAAUUCAUUGGUCAAAGAAUGGAUUGAUGAGGUUAGAGACGUCUUGUAUGAUGCAGAAGAUCUGCUGGAGCAAAUAGACUAUGAAUUCUCCAAGACUAUGUUGAAAGCUGAAUUCCAGACCAGUUCUAGCAAGGUCCACAGUUUUGAAUCCAAGAUCAUAGCACUCAUAGAUGAUCUAGAAUAUCUUUUGAACCAAAAGAUUGUUAAAAAUCUCAAAGUUUACAGUGGCGAUAGAUCUGGGUUUGGUAAUAAGGUGUCGGAGAAAAAAGUUGAAUCAACGUCGUUGGUGGCUGAAGAGGUUAUUUAUGGCAGAGAUAAGGACAAAGAAAUUAUCUUUAGCUGGCUGACAUCUGACACUAAUGAUAAUAAGCUGUCAAUACUUUCUAUUGUGGGUAUGGGUGGGAUGGGUAAGACCACACUUGCUCAACAUGUAUACAAUGAUCCAAAGACAGAGGAAGCUAACUUUGAUGAAAAAGCUUGGGUUUGCGUUUCUGAUGCAUUUGAUGCUUUGAGAGUAUCCAAAACAAUUAUUGGAGCUUUCACUAACUCAAUAUAUGGCAGUGGAGACCUAGAAAUGGUUCAUGGAAAAUUGAAAACAUGGUUGCCCGGAAAGAAGUUUCUUCUUGUUCUGGAUGAUGUUUGGAACGAAGACCGAAACCAAUGGAAAGCAUUACAAACACCUCUUACGUUUGGAGCUAAAGGAAGUAAAAUUAUAGUCACAACACGCAGUCACAAAGUUGCUUCUAUCAUGCAGUCAACCUACAUACUCCAACUAAAGCAAUUAGAUGAAGAUCACAGCUGGGAAACUUUUGCUAAACAUGCAUUCCAAGAUGAAAACUCUAAGUUGAAUUCGGAGUUAAAGGAGAUUGGCAUGAAGAUAGUUGAAAAGUGCCAAGGAUUGCCUCUGGCCCUUGAAACAAUAGGAUGUCUUUUACAGUCAAAGUCAUCUGUUUCAGAGUGGGAAGGUGUAUUGACAAGCGAGAUAUGGGACUUACCAAUAGAAGAUAGUAAAAUCGUCCCUACUUUGUUGCUGAGCUAUUACCAUCUUCCUUCUCAUCUCAAGAGAUGUUUCGCUUAUUGUGCAAUAUUCCCCAAAGACUAUAGGUUUGACAAGGAGAGUUUAAUUCUCUUAUGGAUGGCUCAAAAUUUUCUAUAUUGCUCUCAACAAAGUAAGUCUCUAGAAGAAGUAGGUGAAAACUACUUCAAUGAUCUAGUAUCAAGGUCAUUCUUUAAACAAAUAAUUAGGAACAAAAAAACAUAUUUUGUCAUGCACGACCUUCUCAAUGAUUUAGCAAAAUAUGUUUCAGGUGAAAUCUGCUACAGGUUAGGCGUUGAUGAUGAAAAAAGAGUAUCAAGGAAGACCCGUCACUUAUCAUAUGAAAGCGGUCCUAUUCAAUGUGAUACGAGUUUAUGUGAUGCUAAAGGGUUACGGACAUUUAUAACCUUGUCCUGCGAUCGUAAGAUUUCAAUAGAAGAGUUAAUCUCCAACUGUAAGUUCUUACGAGUCUUAUCAUUGCAUUGGUGUUUUACGGUGCCUGAUAGUAUAGGCGAUCUUAUACACCUCCGCUUAUUAGACCUUUCAAAUUCCAACAUAAAGAGACUUCCUGACUCAACCUGUUCACUCUAUAACUUGCAAGAGUUGAAGCUAAACGAUUGCAUGCGUUUGAAGGAGCUGCCCUUGACUUUGCAUGAGCUCACCAAUUUGCGCCGCCUUGAACUGAUGGGAAAUACUUUAAUAAAGGCUCUACCCCAUUUAGGAAAGUUGAAGAAUCUUCACGUGUGGAUGGGCAUGUUUGAGGUUGGCAAAAAUAGUGAGUUCAGUAUUCGACAAUUAGGAGAACUUGAUCUUCAUGGAAGGCUGUCAAUUAAAAGUCUUGAAAAUAUCGCAAAUCCCUACGAGAUGAAUUUGAAGAAUAAAAGACAUAUUGUGAGGCUGAGUUUACAAUGGAAUUUGAAGGAGAACAAUGCCGAUUCAAUGAAACAAAGAGAAGUACUUGAGAAUUUGCAACCUUCUAGACAUUUGAAGUACUUGUCAAUCGAUGGCUAUGGUGGCACACAAUUUCCCCGUUGGCUAUAUGAUAAUUCUCUAUCGAAUGUUGUGUCCUUAACCUUGAAGCACUGUAAAUAUUGCCUACUGUUGCCUUCCCUCGGACUAUUGACAUUUCUCAAGCACUUGGCAAUAGAUGGCCUUGAUCAAAUACUGAGGAUAGAUGCUGAUUUUUACGGGAAUAGCUCUUCUGCAUUUCCAUCCUUAGAAAUAUUGAGCUUUACUAAUAUGAAAGAAUGGGAAGAAUGGCAAUGCAUGAAGGGUGCUUUUCCAUGUCUUCAAAGUCUUUCUCUGAUGAAUUGUCCCAAGCUGAAAGGAAACUUGCCAGAACAACUUUCUCUUCUAAAGAGACUGUCUAUUAGACGUUGUGAACAACUUGGGGCUUCGAUUCCCCUGGCAAUAGAAAUGGAAGGUGUGAAGAUGGAGCCAUCUUCAUUUGAUAUGAUAGGGCCCCUCGUGUCUGAUACUCCGCUUGAAUUCUUGUAUAUUGAUUUUUGUCCGGGUAGGAAUAUUCCCAUAAACCAUUGCUACUAUUUCCUUGUAGAUUUAAAUAUCAAGAAAUGUUGUGACUCUCUCACGAACUUUUCCUUGGACUUGUUUCCAAAGCUCUCCCACCUUUCGUUAAACAGGUGUCAUAACCUACAGAUGAUAUCGCAGGGACACACUCAUGGUCAUUUGAAGAGUUUGGAAAUUAAAAAGUGUCCUCAAUUUGAAUCAUUUCCCAAUGAUGGAUUAUUUGCACCUCAGCUAGAGACAUUUUCUAUCAAAGGAUUGGAGAAAUUGAAGUCAAUGCCUAAAUGCAUGUCUGCCCUUCUUCCAUCUCUUAAUCAGCUGUACAUACACAGUUGUCCAGUGGUGGAAUUGUCCGAGGGAUGUUUGCCAUCAAAUGUAAAAAAAAUGUCGCUUCUGCAUUGCUCCAAACUUGUGGCCUCCCUAAAGGGGGCUUGGGGAACCAACCAUUCCUUAAAAGUCUUGGAUAUUGGCAAUGUGGAUGUGGAGUGUUUUCCGGGUGAAGGUUUGCUCCCACUUUCUCUUAGUUAUCUAGAGAUAUCUGAUUGUCCAAAUCUUAAGAAACUCGACUUCAGGGGACUCUGUCAACUCUCCUCUCUUCAGAAUUUGACUCUUCUUGACUGUCCUAUACUCCAAUACUUGCCAGAGGAGGGUCUGCCCAAAUCCAUCUCACUACUCGUAAUUGAGAAUUGUCCGUUGCUCAAAUAGCGCUGCAAGAAACAAGAAGGUAAAGACUGGGAAAAGAUUGCUCACAUUAAAACUAUACUGGUUGAUAUUAAUGCCGAUGAAAAAUAGAAAAUACUGGUUCAUCAUAUUGAUAGUGUACGAGUAUUGAUAUAAGACAAAGCACACGUUGGAAAUUACUAAGUCACCAAUUCUCGUAUGCCUACAUUUUCCUCAGGUGCCAACUCUCCAUAAUAUCUUUGAUGCAUUUCAAAUACAUUCUUAUUUAGUGCAAAUAAUUUAGUAUCUAGUUUACCACUUUCUUCACACGUCAACUUUUCGUCUUUCCAUGCUUAUUGUCGAUAUUCUCUUUUGUAGUUUAAUGACAAUGCUUAUAUUUAGGGAACGAGGAACAUGGUGAAGGGGGAAAAGUAUGAAAUUUCUUACGCCAAUUUUGUUCUCAGUAGUUGGGAGUGGCCAUUGUUUCAAUCAUCCAGUUGUUGGACACAUUCAAUUCAACCAAUCCAAUUGAUAGAUGGACAUCUGAAGAGAGUAAUGCUAACCAAUGUACUUACAAGAUUCUGAGUUGUAGUUCAGGAUACAUUCUGAGUCAUAUAUUUAAUAAGGAGGUGUGAUGGUACAAGAUUUUAAAAGUGAUUUGGACUUUGGAGAUGAAAUUUAAUCUCUAGUUCACCACUUUCUUCAGGCAUCAGCUUUUAAUUUUUAAAGUCUUAUUAUUCUCUUUUGAUGUUGGAUGACAAUGCUUAUGUUUAGUAGAUCCUUAAAGUCUUCUGAUGUGCAUAAUUGUCAUCUAACUUUUGAAAAGUGUUUCUAUGGAAUUAGAUUGAAAGAGUAGCCAAUCAG